UAAUAUAUUAAUUAUAAUGCGUUUAAUUAGUAAUGAGCUCACUUGAAUUUUUUUCGAUGAUUAAAUCACACACAGUGAAAUGUACAACAUUUUAUAUCAACUUUAAUAAAGCAUUACAAGUAUAUUAUGUUUAACAACAUGUCUAUCAAUGCACAUCUGAAUGACAACCUGCGCUUUUGUAAAGAUGGUCAUGUGACCCAUAAUUUGUUUCCGGUACGAAACUUUUUUAGAAAGUGUUCAUUGUGCAAGAGUCGAAAGUUUCGUUGGCGGACCAAGAUGAUCAAGUGCAGAGAAUGUAACUUAUUGUGUCACGGAAAAUGUUUUUCUAAACUGAUCGCCGAGGAGAUGAAUGCAACAACGGAGGUACAACCGGUACAUGAUGCAAUACCUGCAACAGAGGCACCAGAUGCAAUACCUGAAACGGCAGAUCGCCAGCAGGUGACCGUACAGCAAGUACAACGCCUGAUAUAUUAUGUAGUAAUUGUUAGCUGGAAAAUAUGUAAACAGACGAACAAAAAAUAACAGUGAUUGUGAUAAUUUGUGAUUUUAUUAUACAGCGUACAGUACCUGCAAGUGUAGAACCAAUCGACGGGUACAUAAUUGCGAUUUUUCUACAGCAACGGUUAUUGAAGCACAUCGAUUAUUCGGAGUUGGUCGCUAGGGUCCGGGCUGCGAAAUACGCCCAACGGCCAUACCCCGUGGUAAAUUUUACCGACCGGAAAUAUAUACUGUGGGGUAAAGAAAUCCACAUGAUCAGCAAGUUCGAAAUGGACGACGGUGACGAAUACUACGUGAUCACGAUAUGUUACAACAGUUGGAGCAACGAAAAUCGGUACAUCGGAAAAACCAUAUACGUUUACAGUCCGUCACCAUUGCAUGAAACGGUAAGAGUCUUGAACAGGCUGUGGAAUAGACCACACUUGGUCAGAAUACAGAGUGUCAUCGACAGCGGGUAUUCGUAGGGAUUUGACAGCGUCGUGGUCAAUAGUAUAGAAAAUUAAUAUACUCAGACGAGUGCAGCAUGCAGUGUUAUAGUGGGCCCACGCUUUUGAAUAUUUGUGUUGUUUAAUAUUAUGUGUAAUAAAUAAUGUAAUUUUAGUCUUUUGACAUUGUCAGUUUAACAAAUAGGUAUAUAUAUAUAUAUAUGUUAACAUUACCCGCCACGAAUAUUAUUAAAUUCUGGCUAAUGUUAACAUUAACCGGUUAAUAUGACAUUAGCCAAGGACUUAUGGAUAAUGUCUUAACAACUAUAAAAUUGCAUCAUGCAUGAUAUGAAAUCAUUUUAAAUUAUUAGCAAUAUUAAAUAUAUUUUAGAUACAAUUAACCAUAUGCAAAAAAAAAAGAUACAAUAAUGAGUUUAUACUAAUAAUACAAUAUUAAAUUUUAUUUUAUAUUUUAAGAUUUUUUUUUAAUUAGUAUUUAAGAAUAGAAUUAAUGUGUUACUAUUUAUUAUUACAUGGCAUACUUCCAUGACAUUUUGAAUUACACAAAAUAUUAGAUGAUUUACACUUACAACGAUUGGUGUCACAUUUACCUUUGCAUGAACACCUUUUGUAUCCUUGACCACCACUACCGUCUGAUAUUAGACCAGCGAUUUCCCUCAAUGGUUUUUCUAUAGGUACCACCUCAUCAAGCGGUAUUAAUGAUAUCGGACAAACACCAAACUGGUUUCUGGUAUAUAACUGUGGCAAAGUACCAUAUUUAUUACCAAGUUUAUAAUAUUGU